UCCCCUUGUUUCUCCUCAUGUGGAGCGGAGACAUGCGGUUUCGAUGGUUUCGAUUCAGAUUCUUGAUUCAAGCAUGGGGCUGUACUUCUUAUAAACAAAAUAACUUACCAAUUUAGUUUUUGUGAACGUUUCUGAGCAUAAUUUAUUACACGGAUUCAGAAUGUCUUUAAGACUGAUUUGUUGCCGGUCUCUAGGGGUAUUUCGGUGCAGACCUAUUGCAUCAUUCAUAAACCCUGCUGUGAACAACAGGACGCUCUUUUCUACUGCACCCAACGCAGCCGGAGAUGAGACUCAGCAUGAGCAGAAAUUAACUUGGGGUAGGAACCGCCGAUCAAGCAGUAAUGAAGGUCGCUUUGUACAAAAUCAUGACGGACGAGACAGGCGAAACAACUUCAGAAGAUUCGACGGUGGCCAAAAUUCAUUCAGGGAAAAUUCCUUUCAAAGAAAUUUCAAAUCAGAUCUUGGGGGAGGACUGACCAACAUUUCUUGGGAAAGCGAGAAACUCGCGGAAUGCAAGAAAGAUUUUUAUGUUGAAUCAGAAGUCACAAAAAACAGAACGCCUGAAGAAGUGCAAGCAUUUCGAGAUAGCAAGGAAAUCACCGUCCGAGGCCAGGAUGUCCCAAACCCAAUUCAGAGCUUUGCAGAACUGAGCUUGGACGACUCUACAAUGGAAUCAUUGCUAAACCAACGCCACGAAGAACCAACUCACAUUCAAUGUCAAGGUUGGCCCAUCGCGUUGAGCGGGCGGGACAUGGUCGGCAUUGCGAGAACUGGCUCUGGAAAAACCCUUGCAUUCAUCAUGCCAGCGCUGGUGCACAUCGCGCACCAGCCAAGAAGACAGCACGGAGAUGGUCCGAUUGCUCUGAUUUUGGCACCAACAAGGGAACUGGCUCAGCAGAUCUUGAAAGUUGCAAAAGAUUUUGCGCCUCGAGUCAAGUCCACCGCAGUGUUUGGAGGAGCGAAAAGGACAUUUCAGAGUCGAGAACUGGGUAUGGGCGUCGACAUUCUGGUAGCCACCCCUGGACGCCUUAUCGAUUUCCUCGAGUCAGAGGAGACAAACCUUCGGCGAUGCACAUAUUUGGUGCUUGAUGAGGCUGACCGCAUGCUGGACAUGGGAUUCGAGCCUCAAAUCAGGAAAAUUCUUGGCCAAAUUAGGCCGGAUCGACAAACCUUGAUGUGGUCGGCCACGUGGCCUAGAGAAAUUAGAAGACUGGCUGAAGAUUUUCUCUCAAACUACAUCCAAAUUAAUGUCGGCUCCAUGGAGCUUGCUGCAAACCAUAAUAUUACUCAAAAAGUGUUUGUCUUGGAUGAAAGCGAAAAGAGUGACAAGCUCAAGGAACUGCUUGAUACAAUUGGAGCGCAGGAGGACAACAAAACUAUCAUCUUUGCCCAAACCAAAAGGACGGUCGACAAGAUUGAGCGGCAGCUGGAAAGAUCUGGAUAUGGUGUGAGGGCCUUGCACGGAGACAAGUCACAAGCUCAGCGUGAUAGCGUGCUCAAUGAAUUCCGCACAGGCUACAGCCCCAUAAUGGUCGCCACUGACGUUGCUGCCAGAGGAUUGGACGUGACUGAUGUGUCGUUCGUCAUAAACUACGACUACCCCAACUCCUCGGAAGACUACAUCCACAGAAUCGGACGUACAGCCAGAGGCAACCGAACCGGAACCUCAUACUGCUUUUUCACUGAGGCUGAUGCCAGCAAAGCGAAAGACUUGGUUUCUGUUCUGACCGAAGCCAAGCAGGAAGUGGACCCUGAGCUAUCAAGAAUGGCCCAGUAUGGCGGAGGCAGAGGAUCACCGACUCGCCGGCCUUACACCAACAAAAGUAAUCCUUUCAACAGAGGAGGUGGAUUCAGACAGAGAUCGAUGAUCAGUUUUGACGACGAUGAAGAUGAUUCGUAUAGCAGAAGGAAAGAAAAGUGGUAAUUUUUAAGAAUUUGUAUGUGUAAUGAGUGAUGUCUAAUAAAUCAUUCUGGCAUUCCUUCAAAGUUAGUGUAAAA